AUGCUCUCAUCCUUAUUCCUGCACAAUCCGCCGCGACAUGAAGCCUUUGCGGGAUAUGGGCUGAAAAGAGUUCAGUUUCCCGUUGUAAGUGCGUGUGCCCUCACAGUCCAUAAGUCCCAGGGAGGCACAUUCUCGGAAGUCGUAUAUAAUUACGAUAAGGGUCAGGAACAGCAGCUAGUUUACGUUGGUCUUUCCAGGGUUACAUCAAUCGACGGAUUGUAUCUGACGAAUGCCAGUAACUCAUUCCGGUUCCACCACGGAAAGGGUUCUAUGACCCCUAGAAUGAACGACCUUCGGACGGAACUUGAACGUUUGAGUAACCAUCGUAUGCGCACCAUUACAGACGAUAUCAUGGAAGCUAUAACCGCAAACAAGUUGGCUUGUACGUUGAUGAGCAUCAAUGUACAAAGUUUGAAUGCACACUCGUCGGACAUUGCAACAGAUCGGGUGCUUACCGCCGUUGAUUUGCUUGCAAUGAGCGAAACUUGGCUUGACAACGGCACAACCACAAACAUCAAUGGAUACCUUUGUGUUUGUCAAGAGAAGCGUGACGGAACAAGAGCGGGAGGAGUGGCAAUAUUUGAACGUGCUGGUUCGUCGACUAUGGCCGUUUCUCACGCCAUUACGAAGCUCAAUGAAAGCUAUGACCCAGCAUUGAGUGUAGCAGACGAAUAUGGGGACUGCUGUGCUGCAGAGGUUUCAAUCAUGGAAACCCGCACGUUACUGUUUGCGGUAUAUAUUUCACCAGGUACCACCCUGAAGCAAAAGAAAUAUUUCUUAGUGCGCAACCUCAUAAAGUACACCCAUGUUGCCAUGCCCGUGGUAGUGUCGGGAGACUUUAAUAUUGAUGUGACGAAAGAGGAGAACAGAGAUUUCAUCUGGUUCAUGAAGCAGUUCUCUAUCUGGAUUGUGCUUCGGAUCCAACUAUAG